GGCAGCUGCAUCCCACCAGAGCUAGCCUUAUCGGCCACAUAUCAUUGGCUGAAGCUAUCUUAUCGGAUCCACUUUCCAAAAUUUCUAGAGUUCAACUCUCGAUUGUUGCGAAAGUCCAUGAACAGAAGCAACGCCGUAAUCAACAAGGCGAUCGCUGUCGCAACCACUGAUAGAAAAUCGUGGUAGGCAACAGGCCUUCAAUCCGAUCACGACCCCCGUCUCCUUGCUUAAGGCACGCCUUAAAUUCGCAGCAACAGGCGUCGCAAUCGCAGCAACAGGCCUAGGACGAAAAACCAGACGCCUUCAAUUUGCAGUUGAACGUCUUCAAGUUGCAACAACACGCCUACUAUUGGCAGUUAUAGGCGCUCUUAGAUAUAAUGUCUUCCCUCCUGGAGCAGCUAAAGGCUGUUCAGGCCAACUCCCGCGUCAUCCUUGACGGAAAGCUCGCCAAAGCCGCGCAUUCAAAGUCCUUGAUUUUCGAACCCCAGGCCGCCGCUAGCCAGACCUAUGCCGACAUCUACAGAGUAGCCCGCGAAGGCUUCGACGAGCUAUGUUCGAUCGACAGUCGAUUCAGACCCUUCGCGGCCCAUAUUUUCAGCGAGGAAAGUCAGCAGGCCGACCGGACCCAGAUGACGGCCGACGAAAACGCUACGCUUGACAGGCGUGUGGAAUCAUUUCUUCAGCUUGCGGCCGCCCGUCUCCAGCUCAUGCCCGCUAUCAAAGCCAUCGAGUGGCUGAUUCGAAGAUUUAGGAUCCACGAGUUCAACACCCGGACGCUCAUCACCUGUUUCCUUCCAUUCCACACCAUCCCAGUCUUUGUUACAUUGCUCUCGAUUCUCCCUAGCAACCUUCCCCACGAGUACCGGUUCUUGGACCCCUAUAUCCGGUCCUUGACGAACCCACCGAUCGAGGUCAUCGUUACGCAAGCGACAAACCACCGCGAAUUGUUGACCGCGAUAUCAGAGUAUACCCUCGAUUUGGGCGACAAAAAGCACGACUAUCAUGCCGCAACAAUGUUAUGGUUCAGCGUCAUGACGCAGUCUGUAAACGCCAUGAUCGACAAGGGGCGGUCUGGAAACAAGGCUAUCCAGCUUGAGAACACCCAGAAGCUUCUUCAGCAGGUUACUCCAGCGUUGAGCAGAGGCAUGAUGAUGAGACAAAGUCCGGAACUCCAAAUGGCGAGUUACAUGCCCGUUCUUGUCUUGGCCAGAAAGGGCCGUCUCAACGAUGCUGCCCUCGCCGCUUUCAUGGACCAACUUGUGGCUGGGUGGCAAAGCAAGACUGUUGAUCAGGGUCUUCUCACAUUGGCUUGCCUUGCCUACGCCCGCGCUGCAAAGCCCGUGACUUCGCGCGUUGCCAAGGCCCUUCUCAAAAUCGACGAUCUUGUGGGCAAGUUCAAGAUGGUCAACCAGACGCAAUGUGUGCGCAAGUUGGCCAAUGGGACUGCGUUGGCUUUCGUGGAUAGAUUGUCGAAGAAGGGCAACUUCCGGGCUCUUCAAGGAGUCAAGGCCAUCAUUUUGGGCGGCUUCCUUGACCAGAUGCAAGUGAAGGUCGUCUACAAGUCAUUGCUUCUGGCAGCCCACAAGCUCAACGAUGAGCUUGACCCACAGGGUACUAUUCGCAAGGAGCUGGCUUCCACUCUCGUGAGCCUUUCGCAGCUCAAGGAUAAGAAUGGCGAUGCUAUCCGAGCGGCCAUAGAGGAGGUCGAUUUCAACAUUGAGGAGCUUGAGCUCAAGCUUGGGGCAGCUAUCCGCCCGAAGUUGACCAUCGCUGAGGGAUCAGAUGAUAUGAUGGAGGGCGUGGAGGCCAUGGCAAUUGAAGAAAGACCGAGUCUGGAUGCCACGCUUCAGCAAGUUGAAAAGCUUCAGCCGUCCAAGACCUCUUGCUUGUCUCAGGAAUCCGGCGUGUUUAACGACCUCUGCGCGGUAUUCUUGUCUGCUGCGAUCGAGCAAGUCGACCUUGAAAGAUUUGAUGCUGCCCCUGUUCUCAGCCGUGAUCAGGCUCUCAACGAUGCUUUUUACUUCAGCUUCUACAUGCGGGUUUGGUGUGGCCCGCACCCAGCAUUGGCCAAGGUGGUCGCUUUGGAAAGGGUCAAAAACCGCAUCAAGGAGAGCGAAUCCACCAAAACUGAUCUGCAGGCCAUUGCUCUUUACGCCGCUGUUGCCUUGGCUGAUCCCUCGAAGAAGGUUCGUCGUGCUGCGGCAGAUCUGAUCGCUGUUCUCAAAGCCACUUUCAAGGCUUCCGAGGAUGUUUGGGGCGCGAAGGACCUCUAUGGUGCGAGUGGCGUCUCUAUGGACUCUGCCGCUUUCAAGUGCCUACUUGAUUCCGUUCUUGUUCCAUCUUUGGAAGAAGCCGUCACCCAUGAGGACCAGAUUGGCAUCAUCAUCUCUAGCGCUUUGGAGAACUCUAAACUGGGAGACAAGAAGACGAGACUGGCGAUUUUCAAGUUUUUCUGCGCACACAUCACAGAAACGCCAUUGCUCACCGCCAAGCUCCGUUUGCUGGAGGGCAUCAACAAGAUCAAGAGCAUCUCCGGCACAUAUAGAACCGAGCUAUUGCUUGCUAUGCUUCGUUCAUGGGCUUCCCUUACCAGCACCGAGGCCGCCGAGCGUGCUGCUUUGGAGUCAUUGGACGAGAAGGCACUGGAUCUGGCAGCCGUUGGAACUGUUGUUCCAAGCCAGCACGACGGCCUGGAUUUGCUUUUCCAGCUUAUCAAGGAUCCUCAGACAAGACCAACUCUUGUCGUUGCCAUCUUCGAGCGCACCACAAAGAUGUGGCCGACCAUGAAGUCCCAGGCCAAGUUGUUGACUGCCAACGUCAUGCUUGAACUUUCUCAGAGCUCUGGCCAGGAUACUGCUGCGGUAGAGGCCGCUGGUUUCUUGAGAAAUGUUGACUUGACCACGGAUAUUCUCCUGGCCUUUGUUGACUCUCUCCAGUACGAAGACACAAGGAUGGCGACCGAGGUUCCCGCAAACAAGCGAAGACGUACCAGCACAGCAGCCCAGCCUGUGAGCUCCAACACGAUCAGCCUAGAGGUUCAGAAGACUGUCAAGAAGAUGAACUUUGUGCUUGAACUCGUCCAGGGUUCCAAGCCUGAGAACCACCCUGAGCUGCUCCCCAGUCUGUUCACGACUCUGUCGGACAUCCAUCAUCUUCGCAAGCUGGUGGGCUCCGAGCUUGGAUACAUGCAAACUCUUGUUCUCAGCAGCAUCGGCGCCAUGAUUCCUGCCUAUGACACCAACAAGGACCUGACAAUCGAUGCUUCUGUUGGCUAUGGUGAUAUCCUGGCUGCCUGCGUGCAAAAUUCUUCGAGCACCCAGGUCACAAACGAGGCUCUCUUGGUUGUCGCCAGCCUGGCCCGCACAGCUCCCGAUGUUGUGUUGCAGAGCGUUAUGCCGAUCUUCACCUUCAUGGGUAGCUCGGUGCUCAGACAGGCUGACAACUACUCCCAGUCUGUUGUCAAGAAGACUGUUCAGCAGGUUAUUCCUCCGCUGAUUGCCACUUUCCGCAACAAGGGGCGGAAUUUGGUUGCCAGCACCAAGGACCUUUUGGCCAGCUUUGUAACGGCCUACGAACAUAUCCCUCCCACUCGCAAGCGAGAGAUUUUUAUUUCGCUCGUUGAGAACCUUGGCCCGGAUGACUUUUUGUUUGCUGUCCUUGCCAUGUUCGUUGACAGGUACGGAGCUACGGAUGAGAUGUUCUCCUUCACGUCGUACAUUAUGAGCUGCUUCUCCGUCGAGAUUCAGCUUCACUCUUUGAUCAAGUUCUUGGAUCUGGUCAGUGACAUCUUCAAGCCCAAGCCCGCGCUCUCCAACAGCCUGAUUGGCAACGACUCCGACGCGGACAAGACCGCGUUGAAGCAGCUUACCCUCCUCCCCCACCUUCUUUCCAACAGCCGCCUCAAGCAGGAAAUCACGGCCUUGGCCGAAAGAGACGACAUGGAAUCCGUCAAGAUUCGGGACUCGUAUGCCAAACUCCUGGAGGGUAUUCUCUCCAUGGCCAGCAAUCUCAAGGCCAAGAAGGCCCUCUACAGCCGCUGCGGUGAUGCCUUGGCCAAGCUGCUUAGCCUGCUGUCCAUUGCCGAGUUCAUCAAGAGCGUGGAUUCGUUGUUGGAGAGACCGGAUAUCGGCCUGCGCCGCAAGGUGUUGCAGGCCCUGGAGCUUCGCGUCGACAAGGAAAGUACGGGCGAUCCCAAGUCCCGCGAGGCCCUGUUGGCUUUCUUGCCCCAGUUGACCGCUGUCAUCCGGGAGUCGGACGACAUGAACUACAAGCACACUGCUGUGACGUGUGUCGACAAGAUUUCCGAGAAGUACGGCAAAAAGGACCUGGAUGCUGUGGCUGCGGCUGCUCAGACCAUAGCAGGGGACCACUGCCUUGGCCAGUCGUCUCAGGCUCUUCGGCUUAUGGCGCUGUUGUGCUUGGCGUCGCUCGUUGAUGUUCUUCAAGAUGGCAUUGUGCCUGUCCUUCCGGUUGCUAUUCCCAAGACGCUAGGAUACUUGGAGGAGAGCUUGUCGGGUGACAAGCCCAACACUGAGCUGCACAACGCUUCGUAUGCCUUUGUGGCUGCGUUGGCUCAGCACAUCCCCUACAUGAUCUCGGGUGCUUCCCUGGAUAGGCUCCUGGCUUGCUCCAACGCCUCGGCCGUUGCCGAUCUUGACGCCGAGUCUGCUCGUAACCGCUCUCACUGCCUGCAGCUUUUGGCCAAGCUGGUCGACCCCAAGGUCCUCUAUACUGCUCUCAACAACAACUGGGCCACCGCCGCCAAGUCUGGUUUCGCCGCCAUCACUGAAUUCCUCGACAUUCUCGGCCUGGCCCUUGACAAGCAUGCUCGCCCGGCCGUGACCAAGAACAUCAACAUCCUCUUUGAAAUCUUUACCAAGACGCUUGAUCUCAGGAGAGUGGUGGCUACCGGCGAGAUCAAGACCGAGCUCAGCGUGGAGCAGCUUGGGCAGAUCGACAGCCUCAUCAUCCAGACCGCCCUCAAGAUGAUCUACAAGCUUCACGACGCCGUUUUCCGCCCCGUCUUUAGCAAGCUAGUCGAAUGGGGCUGGUCUGGUCUCCCCAAGAGUGAUGCCAGCGGUCGGACAUUGAGGUUGGUGAGCUUGUACACCUUCCUCGACGCCUUUUUUGAGGCACUCAAGUCCAUCAUCACAAACUACGCUUCGUAUAUCGUCGACAGCGCGAGCAGCAUCUUGUCUGGCACCAACUUUGCCAGGGAGAAUGAAAAGCUCCUGUGGCAGCGUGUGGUUCGCACUUUGACAACAUGCUUCAAGCACGACCAGGACGGCUUCUGGCAGGCGCCUUCGCAUUACAAUGCUGUCGCUCCGGUGUUGGUGGAGCAAUUCUUGCAUGCCGCCAACUUUGAUGCUAUGGAAGAGUUGAUCCCUGCGGUGGUGGAGCUGGCUGCUGCGGUGGACUCGCAGGAGCAUAGGAAGGAGUUAAAUACGAGCUUGCUGAAGCACCUCGAGUCGCCGGUGGUGGCGGUGAGGUUGGCGGUGAUUAGGUGCCAGCAGGGCUUGACAGAGAGGUUGGAGGAGGAGUGGUUGAGGGGGUUGGCGGAGAUGCUGCCAAGGAUUAGCGAGCUGCAGGAUGAUGAGGAUGAGGGGGUUGAGAGGGAGAAUGCGAGGUGGAUUGUGGGGAUUGAGGAGAAGUUGGGGGAGAGUUUGGAUUCGAUGUUGCAGUAG